AUGGAUGGUCUUCAACUUCUAAAAUGCAUUAAUAAAGAUUAUGAUAUACCUGUAAUAUUAACAACAGAUGAUGUCAUGCACGAGCUAAUUGGAGAUGGACUUAACAAUGGGGCCGAAUCUUGCUUGCUAAAGCCUAUAUUGCCUGAUGCUGUCAGGGACAUAUGGCAAUUCUAUGAAUUGAGGAAAGUAAACAAGAACAUACAUACUAUGUCCGGAAGCUCUUUAGCAAAGGUACCAUCAAGCAUUGGCCCAUCUACAACUGAUAAUUCUAAUGACAAACCAGCGAAGUGGGCCAAGAAGAUUGAUUGGACCCCAAGGCUUCAUAAUCGAUUUGUCGAUGCUAUUUUAGUCACUGGUUAUCAUAAAGCUAUUCCAAACACUAUAUUGGAAAAGAUGAAUGAGCCUGGAGUCUCUCGAGAACAAGUGGCUAGUCAUUUGCAGAAAUAUCGAAAAUUCUUGAAUGGAGUUUUGGAUGGCAAGAUUAGUCUUCAAUCUUCAAAAUACUGCUCCAAUUUGAAUUAUAAUCACUCGAGUAUAGUGGAUGGGAAUCCAAACCUAUUUUUGAUCAAUCAACUAAGAAAUGAGCAAAGAUCUAGCAAGGACGCAGCCCCAAUUCGUGCAUCCUUACCCAUGUUGAGAUUCAACGAAGCUGGGUCUUCUUCCAGGUUGAUAAUGAAUGCAAUGUCAGCACCAAACUAUGCACCUUGUGCUGAUAUAAAUAUAAAAGCAGAUUGGCUUAGUAAUGGGAUUGCUACUUCUGAAAAUGAUGGUAACUUAAACAUUGGGAAUAUCGUUGAAAGCAACCAUGCCUAUUAUAAUCGCUACGAGGAAGGUGAGAAGGGUGAUUAUAAUCAAACUACACUGACGCCACAUCAAAACAAUAAAUUUUCUGAUGGUGGAUUGCUUGGAGGUGCUAACAUCAAUGAUUGGCUUCAUGCAACAAAUCUUACUGUACUUUCUGAUAGUGUUAUUGAAUCCAUUCAUAAUGCCUUCAUUUCUCAACCACCGCUAAAUCCUGAAGCACAAGGCAACACUAGAAUCUUUAAUCGAAACAAUUUCAACAGAGUUCAGGAAAAUUCUCAACCUGCUCCAUCUAUUGAUUUUUCCUUUGGUGAAAAUCAAUUCAUACAUCCUUUAGGGAUGGAUGACCAGUUAGGAGCAAUGCAAAGUGAUAUAAACACAAGUGAUGGAUCACUUGGCAUCAAAAAAAUUGGAAAUACCUUAACGAUAAAUGAAGAGACGAGAUACAUGCAACCCACGCAUUCUGGCAUUGGUGCUUCAUUGGUUGCAAAUCAAGAUGAAUAUACCUUCCCGGUGAAUAAAAAGCCGCGAAAUGGUGAUGAUGAUUGUAAUGAAUUGAAUAAUUUUGACUUGCUUAGUUUCGAUCCGGACUCAAGUAAGAAGAAUAAGAGAGACAAUACAAUGUAG